AUGAGGCUUACUCUUCCUAGAGCUGAAGCUAUGGCGUUGAUACGACACAAUCUUACAUCAGCGAACAACGAAUUGACAGAAUUAGAACAAUCAUCAUCUGAACGUCUACCAGAAGGCUCUGAAAUGGAUAUAGAAUCAAGCUCUUCUGAAGAAGAACUAUUACCAAAAAGACAUAAACUUAGACAUGUUAUUGCAACUUCUAACGUAAGUUCUGAUAUAGCUCCGAUGGAAGAUUUUUUUGAUACUAUGAGUGAAGAAGAAAUAUUUAGAUAUAAA